GGGUUCGGCGCCAGCCGCGCUCCAGCGCGAGUCCACGGAGCGCGGCGCGCGGGGGCACCUCCCGCCGGACCCCGGAGUCCCGCCGGCCCCGCCCGGCCGGCCCCGCCCCCGGCCCCGCCCCUCCCGCCGCCCACCUCCCCCGCCCCUGCGCUCGGACCCCGCCCCCUGUGCCGCCCGCCCCCUCCCCUGGCCCCCGCCUCCGGUCCAGGGAGGGGACGGCGGGACCGGCGGGACCGGCGGGACCGGCGCGAGGGCUGGCCUGGCGGGGACAUGGCCGCGGCGCCCGGAGGGUCUGCGCCGCCCGCCGGCCCCGGCCCGCGCCUGGGUUUCAGCACCGCGGACAGCGGCGUCGGCAUGGGCGGGCUCAACCCGGGUCCCGCCGUGCCCAUGAAGGACCACGACGCCAUCAAGCUCUUCGUGGGGCAGAUCCCGCGGGGCUUGGACGAGCAGGACCUCAAGCCGCUGUUCGAGGAGUUCGGCCGCAUCUACGAGCUGACGGUGCUGAAGGACCGGCUCACCGGCCUCCACAAAGGCUGUGCCUUCCUCACCUACUGCGCCCGGGACUCUGCUCUCAAGGCCCAGAGUGCACUGCACGAGCAGAAGACCCUACCAGGGAUGAAUCGUCCGAUCCAGGUGAAGCCGGCUGCCAGUGAGGGCCGAGGAGAGGACCGAAAGCUGUUCGUGGGGAUGCUGGGCAAGCAGCAGGGCGAGGACGACGUCCGGCGCCUCUUCCAGCCCUUCGGCCACAUCGAGGAGUGCACGGUCCUGCGCAGCCCCGACGGCACCAGCAAAGGCUGUGCCUUCGUGAAGUUCGGGAGCCAGGGGGAAGCCCAGGCGGCCAUCCAGGGCCUGCACGGCAGCCGGACCAUGGCGGGCGCCUCGUCCAGCCUGGUGGUCAAGCUGGCCGACACGGACCGCGAGCGCGCGCUGCGCAGGAUGCAGCAGAUGGCCGGGCAGCUGGGCGCCUUCCACCCCGCGCCGCUGCCGCUCGGGGCCUGCGGGGCCUACACCACGGCGAUCCUGCAGCACCAGGCGGCCCUGCUGGCGGCGGCGCAGGGCCCCGGCCUCGGGCCCGUGGCCGCGGUGGCGGCGCAGAUGCAGCACGUGGCGGCCUUCAGCCUGGUGGCCGCGCCCCUGCUGCCCCCCGCAGCAGCCAGUUCCCCGGGCGGCGGCCCCGGCGCGCUCCCCGGCCUGCCGGCGCCCCUGGGGGUCAACGGAUUCGGGCCCCUGACCCCGCAGACCAACGGGCAGCCGGCCACGGACACGCUCUACAACAACGGGCUCUCCCCCUACACAGCCUAUCCGUCGGCCUAUGGCCCCGUGAGCACAGCGUUUGCCCAGCAGCCUUCGGCCCUGCCACAGCAGCAGAGAGAAGGCCCAGAAGGCUGUAACCUCUUCAUCUAUCACCUGCCUCAGGAGUUUGGUGAUGCAGAACUCAUCCAGACAUUCCUGCCCUUUGGAGCUGUUGUCUCUGCCAAGGUCUUUGUGGACCGAGCCACCAACCAGAGCAAGUGUUUCGGGUUUGUUAGCUUUGACAAUCCAACCAGUGCCCAGACUGCUAUUCAAGCCAUGAAUGGCUUUCAGAUUGGCAUGAAGAGGCUCAAGGUCCAGCUAAAGAGGCCCAAGGAUGCCAACCGGCCUUACUGAUCUUCUCUCACUAACCAGCCACAGAGAAACUGAAGAGUGAGAAGAAAGGAACGGAAAAGCACAGAAACGCUUGAGCCGCCCUUCCUGAAGGAGCAGCCGCGGAUGAAGGUGGAUCGAACCCAGGCCUGGUGCCUGGGCUCAGGCCACUCUAACGAUUGUUUCAUCACGCGGGUGGUUCUGUGCCUGGGACACACGUGCUCAGGCUGGUGAGGCAGCUGGGGCUGGCUGAGGAUUGACCGUCUAGGGAGCCAGCAGAGGGCAUUGGGGGUGCCAAGGGUUUGUCCGCAAGGGAAGCCCAGUUUUACUUCUUUCAAACUCAUAUCAUUCCUUAGAGUUUAGGGACCAAAGGACUAUUGUGUGUGUGUUUUUUUUUAAGAAUAUAUAUAUCUCUAUAUAAAUUAAAAAAAGAAAAAAAGGAAAAAAAAA